ACUAUAAAUUCCUAAUCUCUAAAGUUAACAUUGUACAACAUUCAGAUUUUCCCGAUUCCUCUCUGAUUCAAAGCUCUUGGUUCCAAGCUCAGAUUUUUCUUUCGAGGAAGCCAUGGCUCGUACGAAGCAAACUGCUAGGAAAUCGACCGGAGGAAAAGCUCCAAGGAAGCAGCUUGCCACCAAGGCGGCGAGGAAAUCUGCGCCGACCACCGGAGGAGUCAAGAAGCCUCACCGUUACCGUCCCGGUACCGUCGCUCUUCGUGAGAUUCGCAAAUACCAGAAGAGUACUGAGCUUUUGAUCCGUAAACUGCCCUUCCAGCGUCUUGUUCGUGAAAUCGCCCAGGAUUUCAAGACGGAUCUGAGGUUCCAGAGCCACGCAGUGUUAGCUCUUCAGGAAGCAGCCGAGGCAUAUUUGGUGGGUUUGUUCGAAGACACAAAUCUCUGCGCUAUUCACGCCAAGAGGGUUACGAUUAUGCCUAAAGACAUCCAAUUGGCUAGGCGGAUUCGUGGAGAGCGUGCUUAGAGUCCUAAUCCCUCCAUGACUAUUUCUUCUUUUAGGGGAUGUGUUUAGUGUUUCGAUUUGUUGUUUUGCUUCUUCGUUUUCUUGUUGUCGUCGUCUACUUUUGAUCAUGAUGUUAAACGCUCUCUGAGCUGGAACAGAGAUGGAAUGGAUAUUGAUGAUAUGACAACCCGUUAUUGACUCUUGUUUCUCGUAAUCGAAUUGAUUGAUUGUGUCA